UUGAAAUUAUAAAUGGGACUCGUGGUGAGAAUGCUGAACUAGUGGAAAGUUUUGGCAGCACAAUUGAAGGUAACCAGAUAUUAUCGCUGGUGGAAUGGUUAAAUUUUAUCGUUCCUUAUUUAAGAUUGCCAUUGGAUGCUUCCGAGGAGGAACUCAGGGCCUGCUUAAUCGAUGGCACUGUUUUAUGCAGAAUUUUAAAUAAGCUAUGUCCUGGUUCAGUUGAAAUGGGAGGGAGUUCUGACCCUGGUUUUGCAAAUAUCACAAGGUUUCUGGCAGCUGUGGAUGAAUUAGGAUUCCCCCGCUUUGAACUGUUAGACCUAGAGCAGGGUUCUAUGGUGCCAGUUUUGCAUUGCCUUAGUGCACUUAAAGCUUCUUUUGAUUUUGGUUUUUGGGGAGAGAACACUAAAAAUCAGACAAAGGCAGAAAAUUAUUUAUUAGAGGUAGAAUCUUUAAAGGGGAUUGAUCGUUCCCAAGGGGAUGUCUCGACAUGUGGACAACAAUCUACUCAAAAUAGAGAAGAUACUGGAGGAAAUUCCAUUGAUUCAACAUCUCGAGUGACAGAUCCAUCAGCUGCGCUAGUACAUCAUAUUGGACAGCAAUUGAAGCAGGGGACUCUUGUUGAUCUCUCUAAUGCUAAGAUUUUGGAGUCAAUCAAAUCAACCAGUUUAGAUAAUGCAUCUACUAGAUCACUUUUCAAUGUUGGGAAUAGGAUUUUGGAUGACAGCAUUGACAGAAACAAUGGUGAUGUACCUAAUCGUGUUGCAUAUCUUCUGAGAAAAGUCAUGCAAGUGAUUGAGCAACGAUUUGCAAAUCAAGCAGUGAACCUGAGAAUUCAAAACAAUAUAUAUAAGGCCCGUGAGGAGAAGUUUCUAUUGAAAAUAAAAGUACUUGAAACCCUCGCAUCAGGGACUACCGAAGAAAAUGAGGUUGUUCUGAAACUGCUUCAGAGUAUGAAGGUUCUACUUGUUCCUAAGAAUGCCAUUUCAAGGAUUAGGUAA